UGGUGGACGUCGGGUUGGUAAUUUUAACCAACCUGGCUAUAUUUAGGAGUUCUACUUCUAAUGUGAAAAAUAUGCACCUUUUAAAUUGUGCACUUUUGAUACUGGUAGCUGUGCCUACAAAUGCAGACCGCAAUGCUGAUGUCACUGUCAACAAACUCGAAGAUUCGGGUGGUAAACUGAAGGAACAAGAUGGCAUGAAAAUGAGGGGAGCGUUCACUAAAGUCGGUGAGGUGAAAAAUGUGAAAGGGCGGCUUAGACAGGUCCCUGUUCGCUGUGAACUUGACGACUCUUCCUCACCACACCAGGAGAGUGCUCAUGAGUGGAUAGCAGUGUUAGACUACUCAGCUCUCAACGUUGAUGACACGUAUGCAGUCAAUGAUACACAGUGUACAGUGCUUGAGAAGGUGAAGAAGGCCAUGCUGUUGGGUGCCUCAGCCAUCAUAAUUCUCACUAUUAAUAGGAAUAUCAUCAAAGAGCUUGACGUGCCACAAGUGUUCAGUAGACCUGUAGUUGUGAUUUAUGCUGCUGAAAAUAUUACUGCUUUUCUUGAAGUUCUCACAAGCAAAAUCAAAGCUUUGGUGCAGAUAACAUACAAUACCUCUAUCCAUGAUCUCCAGAAAAUCUCCACCCUCACCCUGUGGGCCACAUGUGGCAGAUCCAGUGGAGUGGCUACCUUUAAUGAGUGGGAGGGCGUGGUCUGCCUGGGCAAGGAGGAUGAUACCAAGACAGACCCUGCCCAGUUCUGGAGUGUCUUCUUCUCAAGUAUUGCCACACUCUUCCUGCUGCUGCUAAUCAAAGCUGGAAGGAGAAGAACUGAGGAUCCUUACCACCAGGUGGAGGUUGCCCUGCGUAAACUGGCACACACUGCAGUAGCGUCUAUGCAGACUAGGCGUUACCAUACCUCAAAGCAUGAUGAUAGUGAGAGAGAUACCUGUGCUGUUUGCUUAGAUGUCUUUCUGCAUAGACAGAAAAUCCGUGUUCUUCCAUGUUACCAUGAAUUCCAUACAAAAUGUGUGGACACAUGGCUAAUUAAGAAUAGGACAUGCCCCCUGUGUAAGCGCAAUAUAUUAGAACAAAAACAUGUGCAGUAAUGGAUGACUGUCCACAUUUGAAUUAUUUUACUGAACAGUUUUUAUGUUCAGUGUUUUAACAUUACAUGCAUGGAUAAGGUAGCUGCCUUUUUGGAUAUUAUUUUACCAGUUACUGGUACACAGUACUGGGGUAUUUGUGUGCUUUUGCAUCUAGUCAAGGUCUUGAUAUCAGGAUGCUUGUGCCAGAUCAGAUUGAAGGUGUUGCUGCCCUGCAGCAGGAACUAACUAAUCUUAAAACUGACCUUGAGCCUACUAAUGCAACUUUUGGUUGCUUGUCGUCAUGUUACAGUUUCAGGUUUUUAUUCACAUUGGUCAAACAUACAUUUUUUUAGCUCAAAUGAGCUUUCUGCAUAUUAUCACAAAACAUGAAUGUUGUAUGUAAGUCGAACAAGAGAUCUGAUGAAGUCCAUGACAGAAUUGUGUAGUGAAUGGUUCCUUGAAAUUAGAGUUUACUGUAGCAGUUAUCUAGUUUGUUAGAUCUUCCCAGGACAUUAUUUUGUGUAUGGCGAAAUUUUGCGAAAUGCAGUUUAAAAAUCAAAUACACUAAAAGUGCUUAUUGCUGCCGUAACUUUGGUCCUCGUACACAUUUGAUAUAUUAGCAUGUUUAUGUUUAUUUAAUUUGUAUUUUAUAGUAGACGUGUUAUCAUUAUUUAUUAUUAUUUAUUGUUAUUGUGACACUUAUAUUGUGAUUGAGAGACAAGGCAACCUCAGUAUUGGAGAGCCAUGAACAGUUAUUUAUUUAUAUCAUACAUUUUAAUGCGUGAAAUACAUGUAGAUCUGUGUUAACAGUUUGCUAGAGUAAACCAAGCGUCAUAUCAAAGCAAGGUAUGGACAAACAUUCAUAAAACCCUUUUUUAUUUAUAAUCUUCUAGGGUCACAUGUUUGGACUCUUAAAUGUUUUUUUAGAAAAACAUUGAUGUAUCCCUGGAUUGCCAUAAUGAUCCUUGCCAUCAUAUACAAUGUGCAGUAGGAGGCGUCGUAAUAAAGUGUUUUGCCAAUCAAUGACGAAUCAUGUGAUUUCCCGGUGUUCAUUUUUGUGUGCGCUAUAUGAAAAAUGUUAAUAAGCAGGUUUAAAUAUUCUCUGAGACCCGUGUGGAGGACUUUGUACAAAACACCCAUUCCUUCAGGCAUACGUAAGUGAAACGUCUUAAAACCACUAGUCACACAGCCAAACGGAACUAUUCUCGGAUUUACAUGAAUUGGCGUUAUGUUGUUCCUAUUAUCGUAGCGUUUUAUCACAGGCUUGGAAGCAUUUGUAAUUAAUUUGUCAUCGAUUCAUUUACGAUGGCUCUUCCAGUCUCCACUAAAAAGACAUUAAAUCAAACGUGCCAUAUGCUUUACAUAUUGCGUCUGUUGACUUUGCCAGAAAACUAAUUGUGCAACAUACUCCGAGCAAGAAUAUAAACGCCCUACGAAAAAAAACAGUGUUAAGGGUUAUAAAUAUAUAUUUCAUCAUACAAAGUGGGUUUUAUCCGUAGCCCAUUGCAUUUUACAUAAAUCACGUGGGGCGUUUAUAUUUUUGUUUAGUGUACAUGUAUUAUCAGUAAAAUGCAAAAUGCUUCAACUUCACACCCCUCGUUGCGCCACCAGUAACGAAUAUAUCUUUUAUAGGGAUGAUCCGUUGGAUCCUUUCCAAGUGUUUAUUUCCAUGCCAGACGCCUCGUCGUUAAGAGAACUCACACCUGUCGGUCACCUUGGACGCUGGGGAGGGCGUUCUGAUGCCAUGGGACGAACGUGUAUCUAAAAGCAGACAGAUAUCGCAUGCAAAAGAUCGAAAUGAUAAUGUAACCUUUGCAAAUGAAAGGGGAAGCUUGAACAACAGGAAGCAUUGUACAACAGAGAAGAUACAGUAGCACAUUUAACUGAGGUAUGAACAUUAUAUGGACUAAAAUCGCCCAAACCUAAGGCUAAGUGUAAUUUUUAGUUUCUUUUGUUGACGUUUUCAGAACUUGUAUUGGCAUUUUCAUUGGUGAGAACCAAUUAAUAGAACAUACUUGAAAGCGCUAUAGUUAAUGGCACGAUACGGAAAUGAGUUUG